AUGGCAAACAGGCUACUUGAAACGCUAUACAUUCUCGAUUGCUAUCGAGCGAUCAUCAUGCAGCGUCCGCCGUCAUUGUCGUGGCACCACAUCGAUUCAUACAUUGACCAUCAUGCACACAGUAGUCGACUGACUCAGCUACACCGGGAAGUGUUCAACCUCACAAAUACCGGGCAUUUAUCAAUGCCAUCCACGACCACCGAGUUCGACCUUGCAUCCCUAUCUUCUCUUACAAGUCACCUCUGGCCUGCCAUAUAUCUCCGCCAGAAUACAUAUGGUGCCGACAAGGUUUCUGUGGAUUGCCUCUCUCUGUGGAAGCCCGACUUUGCUGAAUUGGCGUGCGACAAUUGGCUUCGUACUCGACGAGGCAAGGCAGACUUUUCGUGUCUUGUGGUCUACCACAUGAUGAACAUUAUGCUACACGCAAACCUCACAGUAUUACAAAAUUUCGCGCACUCUUCACCCGGGUCCGCAGUACGAGAUCCCAAGAGAAGUCUCACGGCCAGAGAAGUCUACGCGUGGGCCCAAGAUCGGCACUCCAAAAUUGCACAGUGGCACGCUGAAAAUUUGAUCAUAUCUAUAGAGGGAGCCUUCACAUCUGCUACGAAAAUGGACCAACGAGAGCCCCAGCAACCUCCCUCUCGCGCUUCAUUUUCGGCAUCCGAGCCUCGACGGUUACCGUACGAGGCUCCUCACGUCCCAUACGGUGUAUAUUAUGCGACCCUAGUUUUAUGGUGCGGUGCAGUUGUCGAGGAGAGUGGUGGCCAUAGCCCGUCAGGACUACAAGCUCUCAUCGCACGAGGCGAACGAAUUCUGUCUCUGCACAGAGUCCACAUUGCUCAACUUUUGGCUCGUGUCUUGAACGAAAUCAAGUAG